UAUCUCUCUCCUCACCAUCAAGUACUCGACGAGGGUUUUGUCUUUUGAAGAAUCGCCUCUGUGCUCUGCUCUCAAAUCGAUCCGACAAUGGCUAAAGACCGCGACGAGAGCGAGAACGAAGUCAGCGAUGAAGAGAUUGCAUUCUCCUCCGAAGAGGAGAAGGAGAUAGAGAGAAAGCUCGCCGACAUCCCGUUCGAGGAGCUGCAGAGAGCGAGGUCCGAUGGUUCCCGCAUCGCCCGUCCUGUACGCGGGGCCCACAAGCAGCAGCUUGGACGAGCUAACAAGAACAGGCCUUCGGAGUUGAGUUGCAAGGUGCCAGUUGGGAGGUUUAGAGACGUUAUCCAAGCACCGAAGAAGGUUGUUCGGGAUCCACGCUUUGAAUCAUUAUGUGGAAAGCUUGAUCCCGAAGGGUUUAGGAAGAGAUACAAUUUCUUGUAUGAUGUUGAACUUCCUCAAGAGAAAGAGAAGCUCCAAAAGUUGAUUAAAAAGUCGAAAGAUGCCAAUGUUAUCAAGGAGUUGAAGGACCACAUUUCUUGGAUUGACAAGCAGUUAAAGUCAGCUCCUCGUCGAACUGUUGAAUCUGAAAUUGUUUCCGAACAUAUAAAGAAAGAAAGGGAAGCAGCAAAAGACGGAAAGCGACCUUACUACCUCAAAAAAUCUGAAAUCCAAAAUAGGAAGUUGGUGAAGAAAUUCGAUGACCUCAAGGCACAUGGAAAACUCGAGUCAUUCAUUGAGAAAAAGAGGCGUAAGAAUGCUUCAAAAGAUCACCGUUUUAUGCCAUAUAGAAAAUCCAGUGAAGGUGUUCAGGACAGCUAAGUUAUUCAUCAUCCAUGUUAUGGACGUCGGCCAGAUCAAGCUCUGUGGAUUGUUUGAUUUAGAAGCGGAGAAGUCCGUCAACAACUAAGCUUGUAUUAUGGUUGCUUAUAAAGGUAGCUGAUGCAUUUCCCAAAAUGAAAGUUUGUAUGAUCCAGUGCCUUCUUAGGCCUGACGAGAUUAAUCGAAAUGAAGUUUGUGAACGGAUUUCAUACCCCAUGAUAAGAAGUAGAAUAUUUAGUACUUGUUAGGCUUUACGUACAGUAUGUUGUGGAAUUUGCUGAUCAAUGUAAAGAUUGUAUUUGCAUGUGAUAAUACUAGUAAGAUUGUUAUUGUGGUAACUUGAGUAAUACUUGUAAGAUGGUUAGUUGCGGAUAUACAAAGUAUUAUUUCUGAGU